CUCCUGCUGCCGCCAUGUCCCGCCGCAGCCAGCGCCUUGUCACCAGCCGCUAUUACCCCGGGGACGAUGAUGCCGCGGCCAGCAGCAGCAGCAGCAGCGCAUCUCUGCUGGGGGGGACACAGCUCCCCUUCAAGGAGACCACCGGCAGGACGAUCAGGAGGAAAUCGAGUAGCACCAAGCGCCUCUCCCCCGCCCCCAGCACCCAAACCUCCUACUACAGCGAGUCCAUGAUGAGCGAGUCCUACCUGGGGGGCAGCCGGGGCCUUGCUGCCCUGGGUAGCUCCAUGCUGGAUGAUGAUCUGGACAGCGGCACCUACUGGGGUGGAGAGCUCUCCAGUAGGAGGAGAAGAGGUACAGGGGACACCGAGUCCAGUAAGAUCAAUGGGGUGCUAGAGAGCAAGACGUACGACACCUACACAUCUUCAUCUGGGUACUCCUCCGAGGACGAUUACGCUGGUCACUGUUAUUCAGGCCAGAGUAGCUCUGGGUCAGGUCUGAGAACUGCAGCCUCCCGGGUGGGCUCCUUCCUCUGGCAGGUGUUCACCUCCCCAGUUCGGUUCCUGGGGUGGCUGUUCUCGGGGCUGGCAGGGGCCUGGCGCCGCCUCACCGGCACGGCUUCCCACCUGGACAGAGUCCCCUUCUCCAGGCGCUACCCACGUCUGAAGAGGUCCCUGCUGCUGCUGCUGCUCCUCCUACUCCUCGCUGCAGCUGCCUACGGAGCUUGGUACUUCUACCCCUAUGGGCUGUCAACACUCAGCCUGCCUUCCUUCCCAUGGUGGGGAGCUGGAAAACUUUCCUCCUCCUCUGAUGUUCCUGGGGCAGGGGACCUGACCACGCUGGACCAGGGGGGACACCGACUCCAGGCUCGCUUGCAGUCCCUGGAGAAGCGCUUUGAGGCGCUGGAGGCCGAGCUGUCACGGUGGGAGCUGCGUCGUGGGGCGGCAGCAGUGACAGCAGGGGGAGAACCUCCCCCGGGGGACAUCCUUGCACAGCUGGAGGGGCUGGUGAGCCGCCGGGACGCGGGGCUGAAGGAGCAUCUCCGCGCCGACGUGGCCAACCACCUCCAGGGGGAGCUGGAUGCGCUCCGAGCCCAGGUGCAGAGGGAUUUGGAUGGGCGCCUGGGAAAGAUGGCACAAGCUUCCCGGGAGAUGGAAGCACGCUUGCUGGAGCUGAACUCGGAGUGGCAGAGCUCGGCGCAGGAGAGCCUGCGAGGGACCUUCCGGCAGGAGCUGGGCAAGCUGGAGCAGGAGGUGGCAGUGCUGAGGAGGGAGCUGGCAAGCCUCAAGUCAGACCAGGAGGUGAUGGGGAAGCACGUGGAGGGGAUCCUGGAGCAGCUGAAGACAGUGCGGGCUGACGUGGAAGCACAAUUCCCGCUGUGGAUCAGUAGGUUCCUGUCACAGUCCCAGCACGAUGGUGCCGCUGCCUUCAUCCUCCAGCGGGAGGACUUGCAAGCAGAGCUCCAGGCUCUGGAGCACAAGAUCCUUGCAAAAGUCCUGGAGGACCGGAGGCUGUCAGCACGGGAUGCCCAGGCUGGUAUUGGGGUGGCCCUGAGGCAAGGAGGGACUGCAGGAGUGACAGAGGAGCAAGUGCAUCUCAUCGUGGGCCAGGCCCUGAAGCGCUACAGCGAGGACCGGGUGGGGAUGGUUGACUAUGCCCUCGAGUCGGCAGGGGCCAGCGUCAUCAACACUCGCUGCUCAGAGACCUACGAGACCCGGACGGCGCUGCUGAGCCUGUUCGGGAUCCCGCUCUGGUACCACUCGCAGUCCCCCCGGGUCAUCCUGCAGCCAGACGUCAACCCUGGGAACUGCUGGGCGUUUCGUGGCUCCCAGGGCUUCGCUGUGAUCCGCCUCUCUGGCAUUAUCCGCCCCAUGGCCGUGACGCUGGAGCACAUCCCAAAAGCCCUCUCACCGCAGGGGACCAUCCCCAGUGCCCCCAAGGACUUCGCUGUCUAUGGCUUAAAAGAAGAAGGAGAGGAGGAGGGCCUUCUCCUCGGACAGUUCACCUACGACCACAAUGGCGACCCCAUCCAGACAUUUUACUUGGAGGGUGACUCGGUGGGCACGUACCAGCUGGUGGAGCUGCGGGUGCUGAGCAAUUGGGGCCACCCCGAGUACACGUGCAUCUACCGCUUCCGCGUGCACGGGGAGCCGGCGCACUGAGCGAGGGGACCCGUCUGCUUCGCUGCUUCGCACCUGGAAACCCCGGCGCGCGCCAGCAGCCGCCCCGGGAGGCUGCUCCCCUGGGGGGAGGAGAAGAGCUGCUGUUGAAGGGGUGAGGCUCUCACUCUUCCAAGGACCGGGUGGUGAGGCUGGAGCAUCCCCCGUGGGUCCUAGCGCAGCCCGGCUUGUUUUCAGCGCACGGGACAUUUGAACUUUGUAAGCUAACUUUGUAUCGGGCUGGCGCCGGCCCUCUUCCCUGCUGUCCCGCUCCUUUCUAGCAUGGCCAGGGCUUGGGAAAGGGGUGUGUCAUUUUGUGAUGUGCUUCAUGCGGGCUUGGGUGCAGGAGAUGGUUGUGUGGGACCCUGGUGCCUGACUCGGUGCUGCCACCGGUCGUGGCCACCAAGUCCCCUCCACACAGGGUCGCUUCUCUUGCCUUGGUGUUGGUUUGGGUAGAGAUCUCCAGCCCUCCAGUGCUGGGUGGGCAGAGAGGAAAUAAGACAGUAUUAAUGAAGUAUUAACAUAAAACUAAUGGUUUGGGGCAGCAGGAGGAGAGGAGCGUGGCACAUGUGGGUGGCAGAGCCCACCUCCGUAUUGCCAUCCAUCCACUCAAGCCCUCCUGCUGCCAGUAGCUGAGUUGGUGAUGCUGUUGGCCUCCCUGGCUGGCUGCCUCCCCAGUGUUAAGCUUGAUGAUGCUUUUGAAAAUUCCUGUUGCCUGCUUUUCCUCUGGGGUUUGUUCUGUUUGAUUUUUUUU